AUGCUGUGGCGGGACUUGAAGGCAUGGCAGGUCUACGGCGCCAACACGGACGUCGGCAAGACCAUCGUCUCGACCAUCUUAUGCCGGGUACUGCAACGUCGUGCGCCCCCCAACGGGCUGCUGUACCUCAAGCCCGUCUCGACCGGGCCUCAAGCAGAGGCUGAUGACAGACAUAUCACACGAUACGUGCCGGGCAUCAAGUCCCGAUGUAUUUCGCAGUUCUCGCAGCCUCUGAGUCCGCAUCUGGCAGCACAGCUUGACGGACCUAGUUCGAUUCCGACCUCCGACGCCUCCAUCGUAGCCCAGGUCAAAGACCUCCUCAGCCAACACAGCCAGGCGGGCGGAAGAUAUGCCGUCCUCGAGACCGCGGGCGGAGUGCUGUCUCCCGCCCCGUCCGGCUCGGUGCAGGCAGAUCUGUACCGGCCCCUGAGACUGCCCACGCUUCUCGUGGGAGACAGUAAGCUGGGAGGCAUCAGCACCACCGUGGCGGCGUUCGAAUCCCUGCACGUGCGAGGCUACGAUCUCGACUCGGUCGUCCUGUUCGACGACCCGAAAUGGGCCAACCACGGCUAUCUCGAAGCCCACUUUGCCAGGCACGGCAUCCCGACCCUGGCGCUGCCUCCGCCGCCCGCCCGGCGCGACGACCCCAAGGACGAUGAGGCGGUGCUGGCAGACUACUACCAAGCCUGCUCCGAGUCGGCCAGCCUGACCGACCUGGUCGACUCGCUGCAACGGCGGCAUUUCGCCCGCGUGUCCAAACUCACCUCGAUGCCUUCGCAGGCCGAAGCGGUCAUCUGGCAUCCGUUCCGCCAGCACGGCAUCCCGCACAACAUCAUCGCCAUCGACUCGGCCUACGGCGACCACUUCCAGGCCUACAAUCAGGAAUCCGACUUGGGCUUGGGCACGCCGACGGCCUCGGCCCUCACGGGUCUGACUCCUUUGGCGGCCCAACCGCCCGCCAAACCGCUCCUGACCCCGUUGUUCGACGCCUCGGCUUCCUGGUGGACUCAAGGCCUCGGCCAUGGCAACCCUGAACUCGCCCUCACCGCGGCCCAUGCCGCCGGGCGGUACGGACACGUUAUGUUUGCCCAUGCCGUGCACGAGCCUGCGCUGGAUAUUGCGUAUAACCUGCUCUCGACGCUCCAGAAUCCGCGGCUGGGCCGGGUCUUCUUCAGCGACAACGGCAGUACCGGCAUGGAAGUGGCGGUCAAGAUGGCCCUGCGCGCAUCCUCCCAGCGCUACGGAUGGAACAAAGACGACGACCGGGGCCAGACCCCCGUGGCCAUCUUGGGCCUGAAGGGCAGCUACCACGGCGACACCAUUGGCGUCAUGAACUGCUCCGAGCCCAACGUGUACAACGAGAAGGUCGACUGGCACCAGCCGUGGGGCCACUGGUUCGACCCCCCGACCCUGCUGUUGCGCAACGGCGUGUGGGAACUCUCGCUGCCCGACGAGAUGCGCCCGGCCUGCGCGGUCCAGAAAUUCCCCUCCCUCGACGCCCUGUUCGAUUUCCCCGCCCGCGCCGACGACGCCGCCCGCUACGAGGAACACAUCAAGACCACGCUCGACACCCUCGUGCGCCACCAAGGACGCCGCUUCGGCGCCCUGAUCCUCGAACCCUUGCUCAUGGGCGCCGGCGGCAUGUUCUUCGUCGACCCUCUGUUUCAACGCUCCUUGAUCACCGUGGUCCGGUCGAAUCCCGAGCUCGUCGGAUCCACCAUCCACCCCGGCAGCCAAGGGGAAGGGGAAAGCAAAACAAAAAGGGAACCAAACAACCAAGACUGGUCAGGUCUGCCCGUCAUCGCCGACGAGGUCUUCACCGGCCUGUACCGCCUCGGGCGCGCGAGCUCGUCUUCUUUCCUCGCUUCCCCCACGGAUGUCGUACCCUCCACUUCCACCUCCACACAGCAAUCCACGUCUCAGCUCCAACCUCAACCUCAACCUCCUCUCCCCGCCGCCAUUGCCCCCGACAUUUCCGUCCACGCCAAGCUCCUGACCGCAGGCUUGCUCCCACUCGCCUUGACCACUGCCAGCGAAGCCAUCUUCCAGACCUUCCUGUCCUCCUCCAAGACGGACGCUCUGCUCCACGGCCACAGCUACACCGCCCACCCGAUCGGCUGCAUGGUCGCGAACAAGGCUCUGGAUGAGUAUCGGCGCAUGGACACCGACGGGUCGUGGGAUGGAUUCCGACACUCUUGGCCCUCAUCCUCGCCGUCCGAGUCCGACCCAUCGUCCUCGACCCCGCCUUCCGCCAAUGUCUACUCCUUCUGGCCUCUGCCUUUUGUCACCGCCCUGUCACACCAUCCCCGCCUCCGUGGCUGUUUCGCCCUCGGCACCGUCUUGGUCCUCAAAUUGGCUUCCGAGGGCUCCGGUUACACCUCGACCGCGACCUCCUCCCUACAGUCACGCCUCCUCACCCUUCUCGACUCCGAUGGCUGUGGCAUUCAUUCCCGCGUCUUGGGCGACAUCAUCUAUUUCAUGACGAGUUUGACCACCACCCAAAAGCAGGUGGAGAGGCUGACGAAAACCAUCAUGGAAGCUUUGAAUGAGGAGUGA